AUGCUCGAUCCUCGUCCUUCUUCAUCCAAACACCUUGCCUCCCGAUUGCUAUUUCAACGUUUGGAACCAGAAUUUUCAGAACACAGUCAAUAUGAAAUCAAUGAUCCAUUUCAUAUCUGUUUGGAUGGAAUUGCAACCAUCGGAAUUAAACAAGUCCAUGUUUUGAAUUAUGGUACAUCCCUGUAUUUAGUAUCCAAUGAUGGAAUUUUAUAUCAGUUAGUGUUGGAUCGAGCGAAUCAAAUGAAAACAUGUUCUCGUUUGGGAACCGUUGCGCCCUUUGAUGGUAGCACUAAUUUGAGAGUUGAACAAAUCGCUUCUUACACUGAAGCCAUGUUACUAAUUGUGAAAGAUAUUAGAACAAAAGAAUAUUUCAUUUAUGGAACAGGUAACAACAGUUAUUUCAGAAUGACACAUGACAAGCAUCAGAAUUUUCAUUGUUCAAAAAUUGAACGACUAUUUUCACCUUUGAAUCGAAUUCAAAACGCAAAACCUCCAACAACCAUCAAUCACGUUGGAUGUGCUUAUUCAUUCAGCUGUUGUGUGAUUAAUAAUUUUUCUAUUCACAUUACGGGACAAGAUUGGGUAAAUCGAGGGACAAAUAAUUCCCGUACGGGCGAUGGUUAUCAUUGUUGGUCCAAAGAAUUACAAAAAUUUGCGUCAAAGAUUAUUAAGGUGGAUUGUGGAGAUUUUCAUGUUUUAUUACUACAUGAGGACAAAUCCAUUUCAAUAGGAGGAAACGAUUUUCACAGUUCUGUUUUUACUGUGCCUCUUCAUUUCACUCAACCAUUUUAUACCAUUCCAAUUUCAGUAAUUACAUGCUUCAAUUUAUUUAGUGGCAGUAAUUCAGCACUCUAUAUAUCAAACUGUAACAACCAAAGCUAUAUUGAAGCCUAUUGUAUUGACACAGAUCCCGCAUGGAAUUCUCAUGAGGAAUUUGAAGGUCAUGAUCCUAUUGACCAAUGGAAGGUCAAAUAUUUUGGAAAUAACGCCGAAACAACAGAUCAUAUCAUUGAUAUUCAAUAUGCAAAAGAUUAUUUAAUUAUUCGAUACAAUGACCAACCUUAUUUAAUGCACAUCAUUGGUUCUUCAUACUAUGGAAGUAGACACUACAACAAUGAAAUUAUUGAUCUAAGAACCCUGAUUCCCUCAUCUGUUGGGAAUUACAAAGAAAUCGAUUUUUACAGAACUGCCGUCAAAGUAACGGCUCACUCUGUUGGAUUUUCCAUCUACUGUGACUUGGGAGACUACAGUUUGAAAAGGUUCUCUCAUCAACUGUUUGCUACAACAAACCCUUACAACACGAACAAUUCACUACUCUUUGACGUUUCGAUUAUUCACAAUUGUGGCAAGGAUUUGUAA